UCCAGAGGGCAUCCCCUACUGUGCCACCAAGGUGCAGUCCAUCUCUUGGAUCCAGUAUGUGGCUGGCAGGGUGACCCAGUAUGCGUCUCACCUCCGCCACGAGACGUCUGUGGCCGUGACGCUUGGCUGCUACCAGCAAACGGAUGUCUCGGUGGCGUACGCCACUCUCCACAUGGGGCUGGAUGGGCUGCUCUCCUUCUCGGCGUGGUCGGAGGCUGCCUCCGUCUCUACGCCCACCACUCAGCAGUUCACUGAGCCAGAGCCUGAGGGCCACAACUGCUAUGAGGGCUGGGAGGAGGACCUUCUGCCUGAGGAGAGGGAGGUUCCUCUGCUAAACCUCUACCUUACCACCAAGAGAGUGGAGGACAUCGGCCUGAGGCUCAUCUCCCUGCGCCAGGCCUUUACUGAUGAGGCCGAAUUCAUCCGUGCCUAUAACGACUUUGUGAACUACCUGAGUGACCCCUCCAAGCAGAUUGACAUUGAGAGGGAGCUGGCUGAGGCAAAGAUCCAUCAUGUUAACCUGAUAGACGUCCUUUUUGAGCUGGUGCUGUUUGGGAUGAUGACAGCUCAGAAAUCCCUGAUGGUGCAACCUGGUGGGUUCAUGGAGCGUCUGUACGCUCUCCUGUACUCCUUCCUGCCCACUGUUGCCAGCAUUGAGCCAAAGGCUGAGAGAUACCUGUUGCUGCUCAAUGGCGGGCUGAUGGCUCUGCUAGAUGACAUGUUUGGGCAGCAGCUGGCCUGGUACUUUAACCGAGAGUCUCUGGUCACUGAGCUCUCCAGCCUCCUGGAGUACCACCUGGAGUACCUCAUGGCCAGCAUGUAGUCCUACUGCAGAGACCUGAAGGGCCA